AUGUGGAGAUAUUUCACUCGUCAUAAAACUCGAAGAUAUCUGGAUAUUUUACCCGAUCUGGUAUAUGCCUACAAUCACUCAUAUCAUCGCAGUAUAAAAAGAGCUCCAGCUGACGUGAAUGCCUCCAAUGUCCUACAAGUGUGGAAAACUCUGUAUCAAAAGAACUCCUCUACACCCUUCUUUUCCCCUAAAUUUCACAAAGGAGACAUAGUGCGCAUCAGUAAAGCGAAACGAACUUUUGAAAAAGGAUAUCUACCUAACUGGACCAGGGAGUUGUUUACUAUAUCUCAUCGAGUCCAGGGGGCUGUUCCUUAUAGAUAUAAGGUACAGGACUAUCACGGAGAAGAAUUAGAAGGAACAUUUUACGAGUCUGAAUUACAAAAAGUCAUUAAAGAAGACGACGUCUAUGAAGUAGAGGAAAUCCUAGACUAUAAAAAGCGGCGCAUAGGGAAAAAAGUCAUUAAAGAAAUCAAAGUGCGUUGGAAAGGAUAUCCCCCUAGCUUUGACUCAUGGAUUCCUCAAACAGAUCUUCUACUUCCCAAAUAA